UUCAGCAGCACGAGCCGCUCAGCACCAGUGUCUGAGAUGGAGACAUCAAGAGUCGCUCUCAUCGCUCUCGUGUGUGUUGUGUUCUCCAGUCAGAAGAGGAUCUCUGGAGCAGAAGUGGAGAUGAGAGUCAGACGAGGAGACGACGUCACUCUUUACUCCGACUGUGUUUCUGAUAGUGGAUUUAUUACAGUCUGGUUUAGAAACUGCUCAGAGAAAGAUCAUCCUCGAAUAAUGAUCUCACUUGCUGAUUUGGUAAAUGGUGAACUACUGGGUGGUGAUUUGACACGCUAUUCAUUUCUGUUAAACAAAUCUACUAACGCAUAUGAUCUGCUUAUAAAGAACAUUACUGAGUCAGAUCAGGGACUGUACUACUGCGCUCUGACUGAGCAAAAGUUUUCAGGUAAUAACAAGGACAUCUUGAACCGCCUCGAUGUGUAUCAUUAUGGAAACAGAGUCAAUCGACUUUCUGUACAAGAAUCCUGCCCCAGUGUGUGUGAGCCGUGUGUAUCAGAGCCGAGUGUGAGCUGGGAGCUGGUGUUGAGUGUGUGUGCUGUGUGUGUCCUCCUGUCCUCAUUCCUCUCCUCCAUCUGUGUGUACUGCCUCUGCACACACACCACUAAAGAAAUUAAAACUGAACCUGCAGGAACGAAAAAAAGGACAACUUUGAGACACAAUGAGACCUUCUUAGGAAAUCAAGACCAAAACUUACCCCUGUUGCAGAUUUAA